UAUUGACAGCUCUUUUGAGCUGAGGAUGUCCAUCAAGCCGAGAGUCACCACGGCUGUCCUGAUGUCCGUCCAAGGCGCUCGCGGGGACUACCUCUCUCUUGAGAUGGUGGACGGAGUGCUGUACCUGUGCUGUGAGAAUGGAGGAGGCCAGAUAGUUGCUACCUAUGUGCCUCCCGAGGGGACCUUUUUCCCGUGCGAUGGCAACUGGCAUGACAUCCUAGUGGAGAAGACCAAGAAUCUGCUGACCUUGACAGUGGACGGUGAGCCAGGGGAGCCCGGCCUUGGCAGUUACAACUUCCCCUCUGCCGACACUACAGCUCCGCUCUUCUUCGGUGGCAUACCCGAUGGUGCCAGUCAUACAGGCCUGACCACCGCGGAGAGAUUCGUGGGCUGCAUCCGUGACGUCAUGCUACGCGACGACCUGGUCAACUUCAAGGAAGCGGAGAACAUCGUGGGCGACAUCAACGUCAUGUCCUGCCCGGCCACCUAGAGAGGGCGCUACAACUUCCAACGAGGUUCUGCAAAAAAAUGCAGAAAUGUUGAGCACUCCUAGCAUACAUCAAGUUGUAUUUGCGUUUUUACAUUUACUCUUCAAAUAAGUGUUUUUUCUAAGGUUUGUGUAGUCUGCAUUGUGCGGAUUAGUUAUCUGACCUUAAUUGUUUUGGGUUUUAUUGUGAUAAUGGAAAAAGGGGGUGGGGUGUGU